AUGAAAACAUUUCCUCCGGGCCGCCGCUCGCAUCGGAAGUCAAGGGCGGGGUGCUUACAAUGCAAAAGACGAAAGGUCAAGUGCGACGAAAGCAAGCCCGUCUGUGGCAACUGCAACAAGCACGGGGUGAGCUGUUCUUUUGCCAGCCCCUCAGCCGAACUUAGUAGCUCGCAAGCGCCUUCGACAGAGUCACCUGCAUCACCGGCGUCACCUGAAUCGCUGUCAGGGCUAGGUAGCGCAAGCUCUGAGCCAGCCUACAUAUAUUCCCAAAACUUACCAAUCGUGGCGCCAUUGACGUCUUCUCCUUCUACGUUCACUGUUUUCGACUUAGAACUGUUGCAUCACUACACGACUUCAACUUGCUACACAUUGUCACAGUCUCCAGCAGUACAGGCUGUCUGGCGUGACCAAGUACCUCACAUAGGCUUUACAGCACCGCCCGUGCUACACGCCUUACUGGCUCUGUCGUCACUGCAUGUAGCUCGGUCUGAUGAAUCACGACGAGAAAGCUGCCUUGAUUGCGCACAGAUGCACCACUCCAUUGCCGUGAAAGGAAUUGUCCCAUUUGUCUCUUCCCUUGCAUUGGAAAAUGUUUCUGCGCUUUUUCUGUUCACUUCUCUUACGUGCAUAACCUCAUGUGCCAAGCCAUCAGGAGAAAACGAUUUCCUCUUUCUUUUUGACGGUGGAAACCUAUCGGAAUGGGCUUGUCUUUUCCGAGGUACAAGAACAGUGAUCUCUUCGAAUCGCGAAAACCUUACUAGAGGAAUUCUGGGGCCUAUCUUCACAAACGGAGCUUAUCUAGCCGCUGCCCAUAACGAGCCACAGGCACUUGAGCUGGGAAGACAGUAUGUCCAGGAGUUACAAGAAAUCAUACGCAGAGAGUGCCCGGACCCAUCUACUCGGGCAAUCUAUCAAGACGCGUUGGAUGGACUAGCGCGGACAUUGAGUAUAGCUAUAAAGCCAGGUGCCAGGCGGAGGCUUGAGACCGCUGAUAUCUUCCGGUGGCUUGUUGCUGUCUCGGAUGAAUACCUAGAGCUGCUUCGACAAGAAACACCAAUUUCCCUGGUUAUUUUUGGUUACUGGUGUGCGUGCAUUCACCAAAUCGACUGGAUGUGGUGGAUGGAAGGUCUCAGUCAGCGCCUGAUGAUGCAGCUGUGCUCUGUUUUGGACCCAAAGUAUCAAGAUUGGCUUUCCUGGCCCCAAGAAAUCAUCAAUGGGGACAAUGAAAGAUCGAAAUGAACGAGAAUCAUCCUCAAAAAUUUUUGGAAGUAUCCCGCGCGCAAACAAAGAAAAGAAAAAUACUACAUGAAAUUUUUGAUGGAUGGGUUUGAUAGUAACAAUUUAAGUAGACCGUUCCAGCGCUUCAGUCUACCGAGCGGGAAUCAACGUCAGACCGAUAGCGGGGCACUCCUGAGCUCCCUCAGACAAGCACGUAAGGAACGGCAACGCUAGAAAAC